UUGGAGUUGGGAUUACCUUUCACGUUUCACCGAUCACACCGGCGGACCGGCCAUCACUCUCACCGACGAUCUUGAGAAACGGAGAUGCUGAGUAGUAAACCAUGGAGCUUUAUGCUGCUCGCCGUCGUCGUCGCCGCGGCGUCGGGCUUCGUGGCGGCGGAGGCGACGGGCUGGUCGAAAGGCUCGGCCACGUUCUACGGCGGCAGCGACGCCUCCGGCACCAUGGGUGGCGCGUGCGGGUACGGCAACCUGUACUGGACGGGAUACGGGACGGGCACGGCGGCGCUGAGCGAGGCGCUGUUCGGCGAUGGCGCGUCGUGCGGGCAGUGCUACCGGGUGAUGUGCGACCACGAGUCCGAGUCGCAAUGGUGCCUGCCGGGGAAGUCGGUGACCGUCACGGCCACCAACCUGUGCCCGCCCAACUACGCCCUCGCCGGCGGCGACGGCGGCUGGUGCAACCCGCCGCGCGCGCACUUCGACAUGGCCCAGCCCGCCUGGCUCCACAUCGGCAUCUACAAGGGCGGCGUCGUGCCGGUGCUCUACCAAAGGGUAGCGUGCGUGAAGCGGGGAGGGGUGCGGUUCACCAUGGGAGGGUUCGAGCACUUCCAGCUGGUGCUCAUCUCGAACGUGGCCGGGACAGGGGACGUCAAGGCGGUGUGGGUGAAGGGGACGGCCACGGAGAGGAUGCCGAUGAGCCGGAAUUGGGGCGCCAACUGGCAGUCGCUGGCGGCGCUCGCCGGCCAGGCGCUCACCUUCGGGGUCACCGACACCGGCGGCCAGACCGUCGUCUUCCCGAACGUCGUGCCGGCGUGGUGGAGCUUCGGCCAGGCCUUCACCUCCAGCCUUCAGUUCUCCUACUGACUCGUCCGUCGUACAUUCAGCGGUCGGACGCGAGAUCGACUUCCCUGGUUUGCUUGGAGGCUCGGUUUUCAU